AGCAGUCAGCAGUCAGUGCGCGACGCACAUCAGCGGACAUCUCGAUUCUCGGGCUAGCCAAAACAAAGAACUGCGUAAAAUCAAUUUGUGAAGGUGAAAAAUUCAAAUAUUCUGGUGAAAUUUUCGCUUACCCAAACUCAAAAGUAUUGCAAACGAUUGCGCAAAUCAAGUGCCACAAUGUUGGAUCUGGAGGUGGUUCCGGAGCGGUCGCUCGGAUGCGAUAAUUGGGAGUUUAUUCUCGGUAUGCAUUUCUCCCAAGCUGUUGCCAUAAUACAGUCUCAAGUGGGAAUCAUCAAGGGUGUACAAGUGUUGUACUCCGAUACGACCCCACUGAAUGUCGACAUCAUCAUUAACCUGCCCCAGGAUGGUAUACGUCUUAUUUUUGAUCCGGUCCAGCAGCGGCUGAAAGCGAUCGAAGUGUUCAAUAUGAAGCUGGUCAAGCUGAAGUACUAUGGUCUUCCGUUCAACUCGCCCGAAGUCGUUCCCUCGAUUGAGGAAAUCGAACAUUCCUUUGGGGCCACGCACCCGGGAGUCUAUGACGCCUCCAAGCAGCUAUUCGCGCUGCAUUUCCGUGGUUUGAGCUUCUACUUCCCGGUGGACAGCAAACUUCAACCGGGUUAUGCUCACGGGUUGGGCUCGUUGCAUUUCCCCAGUGGAGCAUCGCCGAUCGUAUCUAAGAUGGCUCUCUACUGUGGAGGAAGUGUCGCCGAAAGCCGGCCUCCUCCGUUGCCGUUGUCCUGUUACAAUCAACAGCUAUACCUGGAAUCGGCAUCGGUACUGAGGAACUCGUCCGGAACGCGUGGCAUUCGGCUCCAGUUGUACACCGAAGGGUCUCCACGAGCACUGGAACCGAGAAAGCAAUGUUUGACUCGCGAAGUCAUUUUUGGCGAUAGCUGCCAGGAUGUCGCUAGUAAUCUUGGUGCUCCCUCUAGAGUGUUCUUCAAGAGCGAAGAUAAGAUGAAAAUCCAUCUACCAAGCGCUCAUCGGCGGGUGCAGUCCAAAAGGAGUGAUUUCUUCUUCAACUAUUUCACCCUCGGAAUCGAUGUCCUUUUUGACGCCAGAACACAACGCGCUAAAAAGAUUAUAUUGCACACAAACUACCCGGGACAUUACAAUUUUAAUAUGUAUCAUCGAUGUGAGUUUAAUCUUCAGUUGGCACCAGACAAGGUUACUGAAGACAUUCCCCUAGAUUCCCCGGUGAACAUUUCGGCUUACUCCAAAUGGGACACGAUCUCUUCUCGGUUGGCUCCGGCAGAACGUCCCGUUGUGCUGCACCGGGCUAGUUCAACCAACACGGCCAAUGUUUUCGGAUCGACCUUCUGCUACGGCUAUCAGGACAUCAUUUUCGAGGUGAUGCCCAACAACUACAUCGCCUCAGUUACGCUGUACCAUCCGUCGCCGUACUCCAACGAGUACGCCUUCGGAAGCGGCAGCAGUGCCAGCAGCGUUAGCAAUAGUACCCGUAAUUUGCUGCAGGACGGCAAUAAAAGUAAUAUCCGGGUCAGCGCAUGACCGGCCAUCAGCUUCAACCAACUGAUUCUGGAUGGGCGCUAUCUGAGCUGCGUUAACUAGUUCGAAGGUGGCAUUCUUUCUAUAAUGCAUGAACAAACAUAUAUUUCUUAGCAUGAUUAUGUGGGAAGGUAUUCGUUCUCCCUUUUUAGCUGGUAAGUCUACAUUUUUCGAUUUUGUUUUAUAUUUUAGAGCUAGACCAUCGAGAUCUAAUAAAUAGGUACAAUAAGAUGGAGUAGUUGAAUGUUCCACAUUUGGAUUUAGACCCCAGAAUAUUUCAUAUGUAGUACUACUUCUUAUGGGGACAACUACUAUAAUAAAAACAAAUUUAUAAUUACUGAAUAUUAUAAACACAAAAAAGUUAAAAACUAGUAUUCAAGUAUUGCUUUCAUGGCAGUAAUAAAAAAAGCAUAAAUGUGAUUCAAAAAUCUUCUACUAAAAAAAACUAAAUAAAACUCAUAAAAGGCUCUA